AUGCUUAAGAAGGCAAUUAUAAUUCACCUUAUGGAUGAUUUUGCUGCUAAGAAGGCCAUGAAAGAUUUGGGUUAUUUCCUUGCCGUAACUACUGUUGAGCGCAUCGGGGAAGGAAAAGUUAGACAACACACGGGAGACGUACUUUUUCCUGUAGACUUCAGCUGCAUUACCUUCAAGAUCUUACCUGGAGAAAUUCUGGAAGGCGUUGUGCACAAAAUCUUGAAGCAUGGAGUCUUCUUGAGAUGCGGUCCAACUGAGAAAAUAUAUCUCUCCCAUCAAAAAAUGGCUGACUAUCAGUAUGUACCCGGGGAAAAUCCCUUUUUCAGGAACGAUAAAUCAUCAAAAAUUGAGAAAGGUGUGAUCGUGCGCUUUGUGGUGAUUGGGGAGAAGUACGUUGAGGCUGAGAAGGAUUUCCAGGCGGUUGUGAGCCUUGAGGGCGAUUACCUUGGACCGAUUUCUUAA